AUGGAGAAAGCUGCGAAAUCAGACAACACAAGUGUCAGUGAUAAAAAGCCAAAUAAUGUGUCUUCUCAUCUUUGGGAGAAAUUCAAGGCCCUUGAAAAGAGAACAAAUGAAGUCACACAGAAGUCAACAGAAAAGCGCAUCAAACAGCUGCAGCAGAAAGUGAUGGACACAGUGUCCAAGGAGUUCACGUCUGCUGAAGACAAGAAGGCUUUGGCAAAAUAUGAUGUUAAACUUGUUCCUGAGACUAGUUUGGACAAAAGUGCAGCUGAAAGUGCAGCUGUUGACAAAAGCAGAGCAGCUGCCUCAAACACAAGUGCUGUGGAUCAUCUGAAAGAUUUUCUAAACAUAAAUGAGCAUCUUCAAGAGAGAGACUUCUCUCGUCCACCACCUCCUACCGCAUUAGAAAAUCGUAUCAAUGAAGCCAUCAAGACUGGAGAUUUUGAGACUGCAGAGUCUCUUAGUGAUCAUUUAGCCACCAGAGAGAUGAGUGAAAAGAUUGUAUCAGCAAUAGAAGCUAAAAGAUUUAUGGAACAACAAGAGGUCAAUGUAUCUUCAGCCAAAAUCAAGAGAAAGCGGAAACUAAACUGGGGAUUUGAACCAAAACAUCGCUGGGAGACAAAAGGCAACAUGUGA